CUCUCAUGGCCGGCCUGCCUGCCUCCGCCUCUCAAAGUGGACUUUGUCGAGUGCGAAAAGCAGAGCGGAUUCGAGGCGGUCGUUGGUGCCGUUCACAUGGCGUCGGCGGCUUCCUCCCGGUGGUCCACCUGGGUUCAGCUCGGUGCAUGCACGAACGCAUGCUUCAUUAGUUUAUGGGACAAUGGACGUUGAUACAGCAUCCUCACUGCAUUAAAGGAUUCCAUUCAAAAUGGAUGGUUGAUUCUCCUCACUGCCUUUCCUGUAUAUCCUCUCUCGGACGCAAUUGACACGGUAAGUCGUAAUCCGUCUCCGUCUCCGUCUCCGUCUCCGUCAACAUCAACACGUCCACCGCUUUGCUCACUGCUUCCUCCAUGUCUGGCCACAUGACUCACGUGGAGCUUUACGACACUGCUUCCUCCAUCUCUCUUUUCCGGCUUUAAUAUUCGUGCGGCGCGAGCGAGCCUCGGGGAGCAAAGAACAGCAGCGGGGUGCGGGAUCUGCCACCUGAGAUGGAGGCUCCGGGUACCACAUCUACCAAAGCUCCGCGUGCACCGACGCCGGUCUCCGGCUUCCGAGCUGUGGUUGAGACGUCAUGGCCGCCAAGAGAUGGGAGGCAGGGGAAGGGUGGUGGGCGCCACCGCCAAUAAUGGUGGUCCUCCUAAGAUUCCAGGCCUCGCCCCCGCUCCUCCACAGCUACAACUCCCGACCACCUCUGCCGCUUAUUGCCAUACCGUGGUGAUUAGCAGAGAGUACGACGGGCGAAGCACGCGUGCAACAGAAAGGGUAGGAACGUAAACGCAGUUCGAGGGUUGGGGGUGGGUGCGCCAUUGAAUGAUUGGCCUGCAGCUAGCAACGACAGCAUCUCUGAUCUCAUCUGACGUCGACGUUGCUGACCUUGCCCCGAUUAAACCUCCCAUGAAACGUCGGAAGACUUCGGCUCGAUAAGAACAAGAGAGGGAGAGACGGAGCCUUCUCACUCGGACGAACAGGUUGAACAGGAGGCAGCAGCAGAUGGUUGUGAGGGAGAGAGAGAGAGGGCCGUAGGGUUGUUGGGAGAGGGGAAUAAAGGGGAACGAUCGAUCGUUGUUGUGCUACCGGAGCCCUAUCAUGGAUUCAUCUUCUUCCUUGCUUUGACCUACCCAAACGCUGACUCGAUCCCUAAACGAAUCACGAGCCCACAAGAUAGGCGUCCCUCGUCUUCCUCCUGAACCCCUUCCGGUAGCAACAAUUGCAGCUACAUAUACCCAAUUUGCCAGGAAGAGAAUGAGCACCGAUGGAAGAGAUGGGUGAGUGGGGAUUAGCCGCUUGUUGCUCCCGCUCUCCACGUAGCAGCGCUCCGAUUGCGUGCUAGAAGGUGAGAGCGAACAGAAAAGAGGCGACUGACAGAGACGGCCGCCUUAGCUUCUUUCUUUUCCUUCUUUUUCCCUCUCUCUGUCUCUCUCUCGUAUCGCCUUCAUUCUUCUAUCGUAUCUUUUACUUUUCCUUCCUUUCCUUCUUCGUGGCCUGCUGCGUUCUUCUUUUGCACCGGUUCGAUUCCUACGUCCCGUCCAAGUUGUGUCGGGUUUGUGCAGAAGGGGAGCUAUUGCACAGGUAAUGGAUCCGAUGACAGCAUCCACGCAUGGCUAUCAUCUCCCUCCCUUCCGCAGUCGUGACUUCCACCGUCUCCACCAUCCGCCGCAACUCCAACCCUUCCAACCGCAGCAGCAGCAGCCCAAGAUGGACGAAGAGCAGAGCAGCCUUCGUCAUGGCAACAAACGUGACAACGAUGACAGCAGCAGCAGCAACAACAAUUCGAACAGCGCUGACGGAAAGCAGCUGGCGCCUUUGGCAACCCCCGGCAACGGUGGUGCAGAGGGCCGGGAGAUCAUUCGCAAGCCACGUGGCCGCCCGCCAGGAUCGAAGAACAAACCGAAGCCACCGAUCAUCAUCACGCGAGAAAGCGCCAAUGCGCUACUGUCCCACGUGAUGGAGAUCGCCGACGGAUACGACAUCUGCGAGAGCGUCGCCACCUUCGCGUGCCGCAGGCAGCGAGGAGUCUGCGUCCUCAGCGGCAGCGGCACUGUCACCAACGUCACUCUCCACCAACCGGCUUCCCCCGGCGCCGUCGUCACUCUCCACGGCCGGUUCGAGAUCCUCUCCCUCUCCGGAUCCUUCCUGCCACCGCCCGCCCCGCCGGCUGCCACGGGCCUAGCCAUCUACUUGGCGGGGGGCCAGGGCCAGGUCGUUGGAGGGAGCGUGGUCGGGCCACUCAUAGCAUCGGGUCCCGUCAUUAUAAUCGCGGCUUCAUUCGGCACCGCCGCCUACGAGCGGCUCCCUCUCGCGGCAGAGGAGGGUCUACAAAUGCAGGGCACACUUGGAUCGCCGGAUCUGAUUGGCCAGUCGCCGCCGCCGCAGCUGCUGCCGCCUGACCCAAACAAUCUGCUCUUCCACAGCCUGCCGCCAAACCUACUCAACAACGUGCAGGUGCCGGCCGAUGCUCAUGGAUGGGACGGCAGCGGAGACCCUCCGCCGUAUUGAUUCGACUAAAAUUAACACUCGAUUAGUAUUUCUUCUUGUCUCAGCUGAAUUGUCUUCAAAUGGUGUUCGUUCUCGUUACUUUGACUCAUCAUCCUUGUGCCAGUGGAAGAAUAGCUCGUACAGAUGUAGACAAACCAGCUACGUACAUCUUCUGUUCUGUCGACUCUGUUCAUCUCCUUAAAUCGACUAACUUCUGCUUCCCUAAAUUAAGAAGGUUAAGUGGGAAAGAAAGGAUUCAGCAGCGUACAUGACCUCCAGGCUUGUCCUUUAGCUGCAUGGGUUAUUGCACACCACUGACCAGUCUCAGCUCCCAAAGCUCUCUCCCUCAGCAGCGGCAGCAUUCUCAUUGACACUACUUUUGGAGGCUGGGGACUUGGAGCAAGGAGGAGUAAUGACGGACUGCAGUGCACGUGAACCGUGCAGCAGAAUCUCCUUCUCGAGGCAACACAGUUAACGUGAUAACAAGGCAGGCGUGAAUCAAAGAGGGGGUGAAGUUACUGUGCCUCUCAGGGAGUCAGGAUAAGGUUUUCAGAAGCUGCAGUACGCAGAGGAUGAUAUGGUUAUCCCUGUGUAUACCUUGAUGAUGCAGUAACUGGAAGGUACUAAAAUAUAAAUAUAAUGAUAUGCAUACUAAAAUAUUUCAUGUAUCAUACUAAAAUAUUAACCUUAUUGAACUUAUCCCACUAAUUCAAAAAUACCUAAAUUUAAAUGAAUAAUAGCACACAUGUAGCCUUCUCCUCCUCCUCCUCCUCUUCUGGCAUACAGGCUCCUGGCCUGAUCCAAAGAAGCCUACAACCUCACUGGAAGCAACCACAGCCCAGCUUCUUAAACAUGAAUGAGAAUAAUACAAACAAGAACACCAUCAGUGCAUUCAAAGAUGGUUUGGGAAGGCCGGAAUUAUGUAGCCCGAUGACUAUUUUUAGUAGGUUAUUUUACCUCUCCAUAUGCUUCAUAUCCUUUCGAAUCGACUAUAACUAAUGAAAUGUGCUGUACCUCUCAAAUCCAUU